AUGGUGGCGACGAAUUUGCAGCGUCAGGAUGGCCGCGCCGGCAACGAACUACGGCCGUUUGCGUCCGAGCAGGGUGCGCUUUUUCGUGCUGAUGGAUCUGCGCGCAUGUCCCACGGUAGCAGUACCGUGCUAGCAGCGGUGUACGGCCCAGGCCAGGCGCGCAACUGGCGCGCUGAGAAUACGGACAAGGCAACAUUGGAUGUGUGCUUCAAGCUCGAGAAGGGCAUCAUGACGUCUAAGGAGAAGGAAUACGAGCAGAUCAUCCGCCAGACCUUCGCGCCCGUCGUUCUCACCGACAGCUUUCCGCGCGCUGUCAUCAGCAUCGUGGUGCAAGUGAUCGAAGACAAUGGCUCUAUAUCCUUUCCACUAUUUUUGAUUAUUGCUGCAUUGGCUAUUAACGCGGUGAGCUUGGCGCUGAUGGACGCUGGAGUUCCCAUGCUUUCGGUCGUCACGGCGACCUCGAGGCUGUUUCUUGGGUCACCACUGCGCGAUCUAGCACAAGUGACGGAGUCUUGA